GGCACGGAGGUGGCGCCGCCCUGGAAGCCGCAGCAAAGUCAGGCGAGCACCGCGUGCACGUCCUAUCACCCGUCCCCUGCGAGCGAUACUCUCCCCGUCCCCCAUCCGCAGCUGGAGAAGAAGAUGGCGACGGCGACAACCCUCGCCGGCAACUCAGCCCGCGCGCCCGUCGUCCCCAGCACUGGCGAUCGAGCCACGGAGGUGGCGCCGCAGCAAAGUCAGGCGAGCACCAAAUGUACUUCCUAUCACCCGUCCCCGGCGAGCCAUACUGUCCCCGUCCCCCAUCCGCAGCUGGAGAAGAAGAUGGCGACGGCGGCAACCCUCGCCGGCAACUCAGCGCGCGCGCCCGUCGUCCCCAGCACUGGCGAUCGAGCAUCAAGCAGCACGGAGAGGCAGGAUGCAGUUUCGACAGCUAAAGAUCACAAAAGGCCCAAGCGCAAACGAAGCUCUGACAGAAAACCCUGGAUCCGAUGUCUGCCAGAUGACCUGGUCGAGAAGAUGCUAGUUCAUCACACGAUGCAGACUGAUCUGAAUAACAUCAUGGCAUCAUCCUUCUUCUUUUUGAGAGUGGCACUCUUGCCCUGUCCCUGCCAUAAUCUUGGAGGACGGCCUCGACUCGUCGCUACUUUGGUGCAGACUAAGAGAGGCUUGCUUAAAGUCGCUGCUCCAGACGGGCCACGCUUAAGAUGGCUGGAGCCCGCGGCCAACAUGCUUAACAAGUUCCUUCAUCUCGUGUUCCACUCACGUGGAUGGGUAAGAGCGGUCGACUGUCGAGCAGGGACAAUUGCCGUUAUCAGAGACACACAAGGAAGGGUUGUUGAGCUCCUCAGACCGUUCCAGGGUCAGAAGAUUACCACACUACCUGAGGCUCCUUGCCACAAUGCGGAUGAACUACUCACUGGUGGGCUGGUUCCAGGGGAGGCUGGCGCAUUCAAGUUCUUCCUUCUGUUCAGAGGCAUAGGACAGAUGGAGCAGCUGUCUCUGAAGACAUUCAGUUCUGUUACAGGACUGUGGGAGGUGCAGCAGAUGGGCUCCGCAUUUAUGCUAUCCACAACAUUGGCACCCAGGGCUGUGUUUGCAUCAGGGAGGCAUUAUAUCCUUGAUCAUCAGAAUAUGAAGCUAUUAGUUGUGGACAUCGAGAGCCAUAGGACAGAUACCAUUGCGCUCCCUGCAAACCAGGUCCAGAACAUACUGUGCGAUGAUAACAAUACACUUGCUGUCUCUAGAGGGGGGGAGCUCUACUGGGUUGUGCUGGAUGGAUUCUUCAUCAAGUUCUUGGUGUUGAGUGGUUCCGAGUGGGUCCCAAGAUGGAAGAGGAUGAUACCGGACCAUGUCCCUAGCAACACUCGUCCAGUCCAGCUUGGUGGGCAUGCUGCGAGCAGUGGGGUCGUUCUUAUGAGGUGCUCCCGCCAGGUUUUCGCCAUCGACGUCGAGGACGGCGGUCUGGUAAAGUUCAAGGACUGCCCGGAUAAUAGCGACACUUUUUUCUCAUUCGAGGUGAUUCGUCAUGUCAUUGCCGACCACGUGCGUCGGAUGUAAAACUCUGCUUUUGGGCUCAACUUCAGUUACUGUGUUGUCACCUCUGAAGCAACACAAUUUUGUAGGAGUAGUAGUAUGUUGCUGAUUCGCAUGUAACUCUGCUCUCGCUGAAAUUCAGCUACAGUGGUUCCAACGAAUUGUGUAUAUUGCAGUAUGUAGUGUACUUGCUUGCAAUCUACUAGUGCCUGAAUCGUAA